AUGGGUAUAUGCGUUGACAACGAGAUCUACACUACCCAAACUCAUUUGACAGAAGAAGAUUUGGAAAUCAGGAAUCGACUCUUUUGGAGUUGUUACUUUUGGGACAAAAUUAUAAGCCUCUACCUAGGCCGGUCACCCUCCUUACGACACACCAAAAUCUCACCACCGCAAAAACUCCUCGACGACUCGUCGGAAGACGAAAUUUGGAUUCCCCAUGGAUUGUCCUACCCCGCUGGACAAGGCUAUCCGCCCACGAAAUCACAUGCGACAUCAUGUUUCACGCAGAUGUGCAGAUUAUCCGUCAUUUUUCACCAAAUCCUCCUACACAUGUAUGAUCGCGAACAAGACCAUAUCGACACCGAGCGACAACAAUGCGUUGAGGAUCAAGGACAUGCACUCAGUGUCUGGUGGCAGGAUCUACCCGAACAUCUGAGGAUCGAUCCUGUUUCCCUACCGCCCUUUGCUCCUCCAAGUCACAUCAAUACCAUGAAUUGCCUCUUCCACACUUUCUCGAUUCUGCUUUAUCGUCCUAUGGUCUUUGGCUCCACUUCGGUCCAAGUAGGUUACGGGUUGGAGGCGGACUAUCUGAGAAAAUGCAUUGCAUCAGCGAAUGCUAUUGUAUUUAUUUACGACUUGUUCUGCCGCACAUUCGGCGAAAGCCGAGUCAUCCUGUCUCUCUUGUACAGCGUGUAUACGGCAGCCUCAAUUUUCCUCCUGCAGAUUCAAGCCUCUGGCGAAUCCAACGCACAAGUCUCAAAGAGACUGCACUACUGCGUUGGCGCGCUGGAACGAGCCAAAGAACAGGCUCCGGUCCUCCAACAAGCGCUUGCACUUCUCAAGAAGGAAUUGUCGAAAUUAGAGCUCAAGGCCCACCCCGCUGGGCCGAAAUACCCUAACCAUGAAAUCCAGGGGACGAGUGUCCCGGCCGAUUAUGUCCAAGAUCAAAGCGCAUUUCUCGCUGGCCCUGCCUUUCAAACGAGUCCGUCCGCGGCGUCGUACGGACUGCCAGAGUUUGACUUCUCGGAUGUUCAGGUCGAUCCAAGCAUUUUUGAAGCAUUUUCGACGUUGGAGCCGAUCAGCGUUCAAGUUGGCGCGUUGGAGGAAAACUGGUGA